GCUUUCGAACCCUGAAAAGAAGCAAACAGGGAAAGGUCUCUCUCUCUCUCUCUCUCUCUCUCUCUCAUGGCCUUCUUGCAAUACCCUCGAACACCAUCCUUCAUUCGCCCCUCUUUUUUAUCCCCUAAAUCUCCUUCUCUCCUGAUAAAUUCCAUUAUAUUUACCAAAACUCCCCCAAAACCCCACACCAAAUACAUCUCCUUUCCCGCCCGCCCGCCUCCCAAUGCUCUUCCCACCACGGAUCAGGAAAUCCUCGACUCCAUCACUGGAUCCAACGGUGGCAGUGCCAUUGGCGAGGCGGAGGUGAAGAAUCUCCCCAGCGUGCGGUCCUAUGAGAGCGACCUGGCCCGGCUGACUGUCAUCGGAGACGUCCGUUUCGAACAAGCCCUAACAGCGGCUGCCGCCGAUGGCGGCGAUGCCGCGGAGGAGCACAUCGCAUCCGGCAUGUCCACGAUGGUUGUGGAGACGGUUUUCCCCGGGAACUCCGACGAGCGCAGCACGGUCUCUACCAGACUGUUUUUACCAGCCAAAAGGGUUAAGGAGAAAGCAAGGGAACUGAGAAGUACUCUCACUGCAGAUAUUCUAUCAAGCACCACAUCUAGAAAUAUACUUGCGAUGACUUUCCGACAAGUAGUUUUGCAACAUCUUUGGAGUUUUGAGCUUGCAGUAUUCAGCCCAGGAACAGAGAGAAACAUGGAGGAUCUUGCUAAUCCUAGAGAGCAGGUCCCAGCAUGUUUCACCCUGAGCUCGUCAGACGGAAGUGUUCUUUCUGCACUUGCAGAGGCUGUUUGCUUAUGCUCUCUUGAAAGCACUGAGACAGAUUUCCUUGAAAGCACACAAGGUAUGGCUUCAUAUAAAAUGUUUCCAUGGUUUCGGAAGCGAAAAAGGACCACAUCAUCAGACUCUUCAGUUCACAUAUAUAAAAUCCCGCAAGAUCAGAUAGUUGAAAAUGCAGAGAACCUGGUAGAAAAUUUCAAUUUUGUGAAGGGAAUAUAUAGGCUUAGAGAAAAGAAACCGAAGGAUCGGUGGUGGGCCUCACCAACAUACUCAAGGCUGGAAAAAAUUGGUGGUCCUGAAUUUAGUACUUGGACAAAUGAGUACAUACCUUCUUAUAGGUUGCAAAUUGAUGCUGAUAAGUUUGAGAACGUAAAGUUUGAGGGCUGGCAGAAAUCUCCGGAUAAUAGGUGGGAAGUUCUUUUGACCCACUUCCAAAUGGUUGGAUUGGCUAAAAUUCUGGAUUUAUAUUAUGAAGAUCUGUACACCCUCCCUAACAAACAGCUCUCAUCUGGGUUGGUUUCAGAAAUUUCAAAAUUAUCAAAGAGUAAGAGGAGCUCUUCAUCGUUGCGAAUGCUAUCUAUUACAUUUGCUGGUGGAUGUUUUCUGGUAGCCAUUGGUAUUCUUGCUCAACUUUGUAAGCCUCACCUCUUCAAGGCUAGAAAAUCUCCAGCAGACCAUUAUGUAAUUUCUUCAUCUGAAAUUGAUGGCUGUCAGUAUCAGUCUGUGGAAGCUCCCGAGUUGGAAGCUCUGUGCAUCUCGAUUGUCAAGAAGAUUCAGGAUGACCUUGGUUGGCAUGGGGAUGUAAUGACUGACAGAGAUGUUGGCGCCUGGACUGGAGAACUUCCAAGUUAUUUGACGAGGGAUAGCAACGUGGAUCUUGUUCAUGGUGUUGUUUCUACCAGUGGAGAUGCCGCCACAACUAGCUCUGCUAGUGAUGUCCCGACUCAUGCAGACUUGUCUGAUAGUGUAGCAUCCUCAUAUAAUAGCGGUUCAGACCUGCAAAUGGCAACUGCACAGGAUAUUGCCAGUUAUCAGGUGGUUUUGUCAAGAGAUGGGGAGGUGAUUGGGUUUCAGCCCACGAGCCGCAUAGCUGUUAAUCAUUGGGCUAGCAAUCCUCUGGCAAAGGCUCUUUACAAGGGGCGGAAGCUUUCCCCAGGUUUUCUAGAACCUGGCAUCACGAUCCAUCAACCAAAUGAUGCCAUUCAAUUAGAGCUGUUGAUGUCAAUAAACCCCCAAUUCCAGUUUGCAUUGGUGAGGCCUGUUCUGUGACUGUGCACAGACUGUAAGCAGGAAAAUGUUAUUUGAUAUUCCAAAAUAUGACCUUUUGUUGUUCAAAGUUCCUUUCUUUUCUUUUUGUUUUCCUUCUUGGGCUGACAGAUGGUUAAGAAUUCCCAGCAAACGGCGAAGCAAGUCAUUCUUCAUGCUAUUCUAUUUUCAGUUCCCUACAGUAGUCUCCAUAUUGCAUGAAGACACGGUAUUCUAAUGUGAAAUUGGGAAUGAUAUUGUUAUACUUGUUAUGUAGGGCGUGUUUUAAUUCAUUGAAAGGAAGGGAAAGGAAACACCAUUUCCCAUGAAACUUUC